AUGGAUGAAGGCUGGGAGGCUUAUAAGCCCGAAAUCGAACGCCUAUACAUGGAAGAAAGAAAGUCUCAGGCCCACGUGAUGAAGAUCAUGAGAUUAAAGUAUGGGUUUAGCGCAUCAAAAUGGCAGUAUGAAAAUCAAUUCAAGAAGUGGAGGUUCAAAAAGAACCAUGGUGGGAAGGUGGUCUGGAUCUAUAUACGGGAGAUGAUGAAAAAGAGAAAAAUCGAGGGAAAGCCAGAUGGUAUAUUUGCCAUCAACGGGGUAAUUCAAUCCGCCGGUAAUAUAUUGACUGGGAUACGUCGGAACGCAUAUGAACCAACAGUCGAAAGACACAAAUCAAGUAUAAUUUGGCUUCUUUUCCAACUUGGAGGUUUGUUGCUAAUAUUCAUAGCUCCUUUGCCCCCAACCCCGGAAGAAGUGACUGUAUGGUCCCCAAUUUCUGAUAGCAAUGGGGAACUAAAAUCGCCUUCGAACCUCCCUUGGCUUACAUUCCUCCAACAAAUUGAGUCCAGGAAGAUGGUUGGGGAAUGUGUCAAUAUCGAGAAAUCGGCUAGGACUCGAAUAAAGAACAUUCUCUAUUGUUUGAGCUCCUCCGCUACUUUCAGUUUAAGGCAAGACUUUCUCUUCAAAGGAAGUACCCCAGCAGUGGCUGAGAUGCUGAGGAUUAUCAUGCCUGAAGGCCAUGAAGGAGAACAUCUUGACACUGCAAAAUCUCUCAUACAUGGUGACCUAGAUUCCCAUGUUCUUUCUUUGGCUUUUUACAUGCUUUCAAAUAGCAUUUGUCUUAACAUGGGACAAAUUUUAGUCGACUCUUCGGUCGAUGAGUCCCGUAUAUCCAGAAUAAUACGGUACAUUCUGGGACUAGCAAAACUUGACAACAUCCAGAGCAUGAAAAACCUCAUCUCUGUCGACGGUCUUACUGCUGAAGUUAUUUCCCGCAAAAUCUUCCAAAGUUCGAUCAUGAUCUAUGACUUCGAAAUGGUUCAAAUUAUGCUUCUGGCUGGAAUGCAUCCAGACACACCAAUGGUCUUUGACAAAUCACAUGAAACACCAUUACAAUAUUUAUCCGAAACGAAAGAGUGCUUUUUGUCUAUUCAGCUUGUUCAUCUACUGCUGUCACAUGGGGCAUCUCUUGACCCUAGAAAUGACAGUAAGCCCGCUAUCACAAAAGCCAUGGAGCGUCGCAAUAAACGAAUAUUCAAGUUGCUGCUCCUGCAUCUGCAUGAAACACAUUCUUCUCAUAAUUUCAGCAUCAAGACGAGAUACAAGGGAUGCAACCUUGAAGAUUUUGUUGAAAUGUUCGUGGAUGUCGCGGUGAAUCCAAACUGCAUGACAGAGGAAGCUACAUUAUUCUUUGGUCGCGCGAAAGCUGGGCUAGUAAACUGGUUCAUACGUGGCGGUUUGGACCUGGAAGCUCCUCAAAAAUAUCCGGUUACAGAUGAAAACGGAGAGAGGUUUGAACAAACAACCAGCCUUUUGGGGUCUGCUGCGGCAGCCGGAAAUAUGGCGUGCAUGCGCGUACUGAUUGAAACUGGCGCCAAUCUCAAUCUACCAACUGGUCUAAAGGGGGCUAUUUCUCCACUCGCGCUUGCAGCACACAGCAAGCAGCUUGGCUCUGUUAUGCUUCUUCUUCGGGCUGGAGCAAACGUUAAAGCUGCAGAUCAAUGCAAAAUGCUUCACGAGCCCGUGGGAAAGACACUUGUACAAAGAGCUGCACCUAGAUCCGACUUGGUUCUAGCUCUUUUGGAUGCAGGUGCAUAUGCCAGUCCAGAGGAGCGACAGUCGAUGCUUAGUUCAGCCAUGUUUGAAGCUGUGUUGAAAAAUGAUGUCGAGAGGGCAUCUUGGUUGAUUGCCCUUAAAGGGCCAGUCAAUCCUUACUGUCCACAGUUUUCUCCGCCUCAUGCUCUCGCAUGGGCCGUACAGAGCGAGAAUACUAACAUGCUUGUUCUGCUAAAAGCUUCAGGUGCAUCGAUUUUCAACAUCCCAGUACUUCGCUUUGGAAGUAUUCGGACGGCCGACUCUUUGAAAUAUUCAGGUUGGCUUUUUGAGAUCUUGUCUUUUAGUGGCCCUCGAAUAUUAGCUUCUGCCAUACUUCGAUGCAAUAGGCCCCUCAUCAGCUUUCUUCUUGAGAACAAGGCGGACCAAGGCAACAGUUCUAUUGUUGAGCUGCAUUGCAACUCGUACGAAACCAAGGCGUCUCCUCUUGGGGCCGCAAUAUACACCCAUUCAUGGAGGUUGGCUCAAUUUCUCAUUCAGCGCGGAUCUCUAAUCAAUGAUUCGGACAUGAACGUCAUUGUUUCUCGGCUCUUGCAGGGCUACGAUGUUGGUGGAUUGUCAAAUCUCUUGAGAAUGAUUCCAAACCCGGGGAUAGCAAUACCCACUGCGUUUGGAAUAGCUAUUAUGCACAACGGAACUUUUCUGAUCGAAAGUCUUCUCAGAUUUGGAUUCAAUCCGCGUGGAAAACCACAAGUUAUCUUCGAUCUGCGCAAGGUGCGCGCAAAGCCUCCUCCCAAAAAGGAUUGGCAUAGUGAGGAUUUUUCAAGCAGACUCUGGUGGAGUGAUAAUAGCGAAGCACCCCAUCCCUUUGACUCAGAGGAGACAUUGAAGCUUGAUUCAGUUUUACAAGUGGCAGCCCAGAAAGGCAAUCGCACCAUCAUGGAGAUUCUGCUGAAAUUGGAUAUAUGGACACCCGAAGAGAAGGGUAAAGCAUUGAUCAUGAGCAUUCAAUUCAAUGAGCGAGAUCUUGUGCGAGACUUGUUAGCUUCCGGUGCAGAUGCCAACCAAAUGAUUGAUGGUUCUCAAUACCGGCCCAUCAGAAUUCAAUACCCAUCGCUCAAGGAUCCCCUAGCAAGAUGUCAAGCACCAGAAUGUCUAUUGCUAGAAUGUUCGCGGUUCAGAUGCCAAUUUUUAAAAUGUUCAUCGUGCAGCUUGCAACAACCAGAGAUUCCGAUGCUUAAUGCCCUCGUUAUAGCCAUGGAUAAAGGUCGGAGGGAUGUCACAUUCGAAAUCAUCAGAGGCGGAUGCAAUGUCAAUGCAGAUCUUAGAUUUGGUUACACUGCACUCUACUUUUCGACCUUUUGCGGGAAAUGGUUUGCAAGAACCCUUCUGUCUUAUUAUGCAAUGGACCAGCUACCGUCUUCAGAAGGAUUAUUCCAAGCAAAAUCUGCAUUGAAGAAUGUAUUCCAAAACGGCGACGAGGAAGCUUUGGAAGCUUUCAUAGAUCCUACAAUUUUGCACUUUACUGCCCUUCUCUACUCCGGUGGCUGCAGAGAAUCAACUAUCCUACAGGUAAUACGCGCUGGGGAUGUCAAAGCCAUGGAUCUUCUUCUUCUGUCAGGGUUGAUAGGAAUCAAAACACGGGAUAUGUUCAUGAUAAACCGUCUCAUACAAGCCGGGGCAGAUUUAAACACAACCCCGGAUCUAUACGAAGGGAAAACCGCAUUACAGCUCGCUGUUGAACAAGAGAAAAUCACAUUGAUAAACCUCUUGAUCGAGAAAGGCGCAGACAUAAAUGCGCCCCCAGCUGUUAAUUUUGGAAAGACUGCCUUACAAAUCGCUGCUGGGCAAGGGAACAUCGAACUGGUGGAUUUACUUCUCGCAAAAGGAGCAGAUGUCAACCAAGAGCCCGCUUAUCGAUCAGGGGGAACUGCAUUGCAAUUUGCAGCUAUCAGAGGAUUUAUAGGAAUUGCAAGAGCAUUGAUUGAGGCCGGGGCUGCUGUAGAUGCAUUGGGUUCGACCUUAUUUGGAAGAACAGCAAUUGAGGGCGCUGCGGAGUGGGGUCGUAUCGAUACAUUGCAACUUCUUUUGAGCCAAGGGGCAGCCCCAGAAGGACCAAAUCGGAGACAAUAUAUCAGGGCUAUCAAGCUAGCCGGUAAGAAAGGGCACUUCCCCAUAGUGAAGUUUCUAAAAGAGCGGAUUUUGUGGUGGGACGCCGAUGCUCUCAGUCAUGCAACGGAGGUUUUUGACGACGAGGAAGAGGAUGAAAUGGAGUCCGAAAGCGAGGUCGAAGAGGAUAACGAGACAUAA